UGUUCAUAUGAGCUGGCUUGCAGCAUACAAAUUGUCUAUUACCUUCUAACAAGAAGCUAAACACCAAUUGUAAACACAAACUAACACACUCGACUGUGUUACAGUAGAAACGUGUACGUGUUCUGCAACCGAGAUAACUUGUUGUGUGGUUUCACGAGCAGAGACAGCUAACGAGGCGGAUUUUUGAGGUUUGCACAGUUUAUAAAAUAAUGAAGCCAGUUUUAACCCAGUUCUGCUGCACAACUCCUCUUAGAUCAGGCUGCAAAGUGAUUGGUGCUUUUCUAAUCAUAUCUGCGACAUUGUAUUUGGGCCGGCAUUUUACUCAGCAUCAACCAAUUGAGUCAGACGAAAGAGUUGCACAAUUUCUUAAACUAGUUUCCACAAUCUCUGUGGCUGGAUCUGUAUGCAGUUACAUCAUUGGAAUCAUCCUAUUGGUCGGAGUUUACAAGGAUGUGCUGCAAAUGUUACUUGGGUCUUCGGUAUUGUUGUUCCUGUAUGCAGUCAGUCUUCUUGCAGUUGCUGGUUAUAUGUUAUACAUUUGUCAUGCGAUAUAUUUUAUCACUCUGACGAUUUAUGAAUUGGUGAACCUUUACUUCGCAAUCGUUGUGUUCAGUUAUUACCUAGAGAGAAAGGAAGAGACGCAGUUUUUGACAACUUUGGAUGGACCAAUGAGGUCUGCACUUGAACGACAAAGGGACCAAGCUAAAGAACAAGGUGGUCCCGACCCUAUGAGGGCAGCUCUCAUGAAAUAUAGAACCGAUAUUAAAGAAGAAAAAAGAAAGGAAAAUCAACUAAAUCAAGCAGGCUCCUCUCAGCCAACUACAGGGAAUUAA